UGAAAAACAUCUUGUACAUACUUGUGUGUGUGUGUUACCGCAGGAGGAGACUGUGUGAGUCACAUGCUGUAAUGGACACGGUCAGAGUAGACAUGGUGUCUCUGUGGUGUGUGUUGUCUCUGCUCACCUUUCUCUCUCUGGAGGCUUCAGGAACAAAUCCUGGAGCUAAAGUAAGAGUCACACAAAAGGGGCUUGAUUAUGAACUUCAGAUUAGCAUCAAACCCCUACAGGAGAAGAUCAAAACCAUCCAAAUCCCAAACAUGAGCGGCAAAACAGAGGUUUUAUUUAUGGACGUCUCAUACAGAGUGAGCAGCAUGCGGAUCGAAGAAGUUUUAAUGUAUUCUACGGCUGUGGGGUUGGUACCUGGUACUGGGGUGAGUCUGUCUAUCGGCAAGGCCUACAUUGGCCUGAAAGGCAACUGGGAAGUCGAAUAUCUUUUCAUAGACGAUGACGGCUGGUUCACUUUGUCCAUCUAUGACAUCAGGAUCAGCACCACCAUUGGUGUGAGUAACGAUGGUCAAGGGCAUCCAAGAGUUUACGCUGCAUCCUGUUCUGCUUCUAUUGGCCAAGUCGAGAUCGAUCUGCAUGGAGGUUUGAGCUGGCUGUAUCAAUUGUUUGACAGCUACAUCAAUUCAGCUGUGCUUAAUGCCCUACAACCACAGAUCUGUACUAUGGUGACCGAAGCCAUAAAUAGCAUCAAUCCGCAUCUGAAAACUCUAAAUGUUCUUGCUCAAGUUGACAAGUAUGCAGAAAUCGACUAUUCCAUGGUGGGGUCACCAUUUGUUUCUUACUCUGGCAUUGAUCUGGGUUUAAAGGGGGAGUUCUACAACAUCGGGCAACACCAGGAGCCUCCGUUCUCCCCGACACCCUUCUCUCUGCCUGCUCAGGACAGCAACAUGCUGUACAUCGCAUUAUCAGCUUUCACCCUGAACUCAGCCGGCUUCGUGUACAACAAUGCCGGAGUUCUGGAACUCUACAUAACAGACGACAUGAUCCCUUCCAGUUGUCCUUUUCGACUUGACACGAAGACGUUUGGGAUUUUCAUUCCACAGAUUGCUAAGCAGUACCCUGGCCUGAAGAUGAAGUUCCUGUUGAAGGCUGCAAAGGAGCCAAACAUCUCAUUUGAGCCUAACCUCAUGACCCUGGAGGCAAGCAGCACAGUUUCAGCCUACGCUAUUCAGCCCAACGCCACAUUGUCUCCUCUCUUCAUCCUCAACAUGAAUGCCAGCGUGAGCGCUCUGAUUUACGUCAGCGGUCUGAAAGUGCUUGGAAAUGUGACUCUUAAAAAAAUGAACCUGACAUUAAACACAAGCAACGUGGGACCAAUUCAGGUGAAAUUGUUAGACAAUGUUGCAUGGACCAUCUUGAAUGAUGCUGUGAUACCCAGAGUUAAUGAUCUCCUAAAGAACGGUUAUCCUCUACCUGCCAUCGGGGAAAUGAACCUUCGCAACACCCAGCUUCAGAUCCUGAAGGAUUAUGUGCUGAUCGGGACGGAUGUCCAGUUUGGAGGAGUGGAUUUACCUGAUGUCCUCUAACUGUGGAUUCUUUUUUCCAAACUAAUAUUUUUCCUGAAAUUAUAAGCUCUUCUUUUAUGCAUACUAAUCACGAUCUUAUCAGUUCAUGAUAAACUGGUGGCUUCUCUCUUUCUGUUCUCUAUUUCAUCCAUUUUUAUGAGUCUAUCCCACAAUCUAACAGCAUAAGGCCUUCACUUAUAUGUAGCUUGACUGACUAUGACUCUUAUUUAGAUCUUCCAAUAGAAGUAUGCAAAAUCUGUUUUAUUUACAGCAAUAUUUUUAAUCAUAAUUUGUUUGUAAUUUGUACAUAAUUUGUAAUAAACGUGGAUCAAUAAUAUUAACAUUAA